AGCUGCGAAAGGUGCGGCAGGACCUUGGGCUGAAGGCUAUGAAAAAGUGCCUAUAAUAUGAUUCCCAGAGAAUACAGCAUGCGGUGACCUUGCUCAUGUUGCAGAGGCCAGACUCUGCUCACAGGUACAUUGCUGUAUGAUGGAGACUGUAACACAAGUUAAUGCUGGUGGUAAUGUCUGUCACCUCCUGUCACACUGAGAGAUAUGGAUAUGGUGGAUGGGUACAGCUGGAUCAUCACUGCAAGAGAUUCAACUUUUAUUGUCUUUAGAGAAGCAAGACUUGCAUCUUCCAGGAGCUUCAAGCAACCAAGAAAUACUCAGGCCUUGCAAGUAUUGGUGAAUUGUAUCUCAUCAAUCUGUGCAAGUGGACAGGCAAAGAUGAUGAAGGAUGGAAAGGUUUUUAGAGUUAUUCAAGAGAACUGCUGGGAUCCAGAAGUACGGAUUAAAGAGAUGGACCUAUCAGGAGUCACAGUCCAAGUCCUUUCUACAGUCCCUGUAAUGUUCAGCUACUGGGCCAAACCUCAGGAUACUUUAGAUCUAGCCCAGAUAUUAAAUAAUGACUUAGCUGCUACAGUAAAAAAGUACCCCAAGAGGUUUAUUGGCUUGGGUACGUUACCUUUGCAAGCUCCAGACCUGGCUGUGAAAGAAAUGCAUCGCUGUGUGAAUGAACUUGGAUUUCCUGGAGUACAAAUAGGAUCCCAUGUCAAUGAAUGGGACCUGAAUGCGCCAGAACUGUACAAUAUUUAUGCUGCUGCUGAACAAUUAAAUUGCUGUCUCUUUGUGCAUCCCUGGGACAUGCAGAUAGAUGGAAGGAUGUCCAAAUAUUGGUUUCCAUGGCUAAUAGGCAUGCCAGCAGAAACAACCAUAGCCAUUUGCUCCAUGAUUAUGGGAGGAAUUUUUGAAAAAUUUCCUAAGCUGAAAGUUUGCUUCGCACAUGGAGGUGGAGCUUUUCCAUACACAGUGGGGCGAAUUUCCCAUGGAUUCAACAUGCGCCCUGAUUUGUGUGCGGUGGAUAAUAAGGUGGAUCCAAGAAAAUACCUUGGUUCAUUUUACACAGACUCUCUUGUCCAUGAUCAUGGUGCACUAAAGCUGCUAACAAGUGUAAUAGGAGAGGACAAAGUUAUUUUGGGGACAGAUUACCCUUUUCCACUUGGGGAACUGGAACCUGGAAAAUUGAUUGAUUCAAUGGAAGAUUUUGACAGUAAACUGAAGGAUAAACUCAAGGCUGGAAAUGCUCUGGAAUUUUUGGGUCUUAGCAGAAAACAAUUUGAAUAAUUAUGAAGAUAUUAAAGAGACCAAACUUCAGAAAUAACGCUGAAUCCUUAGGGAUACUUCUAUUUGCAUGUGUAAUUAUGAAGAUGAAAAAUAAAUUCGACAAGUAUAUUACAGUCUACUGUUAUUUCCAAAACAAAAGCAAGAGUACUGGAAAUUAGUAUGCACAGGUAUUUCUGUGCAUUUGAGGAUUUAGGUUGUCUUUAAAGAAUUCUGAAAUCCCUGCUUUCAUAAAAAAGGAAAGAUUUCAUCUUUUGCAUUUGUAAUAAGAAACUCUGAAUGAUAAUCAAAGUCAUUUUAUUAGGACUUAAUUCCCAGGACGAAAGAACUGAGAAAAUUGUGACUUUUAUCCAUUACAUUUCAGUCUUUGUUAUGCCCAGUAAACAGAAUUUAAAAGAAUCUUAAAACAGAAUUUAAACAGAAUUUUGUUGAUGCCCAAUAAAAGGCAACAUUUGCCUUUAUCCACUGACUGAAAUUGCAGCAUGCCACACUUCAGGUCAGCACUGCAAGGAUAUGCACUGAUGCUCUGCAAACGUUGUGAUAGGAUGAAAAAGGUCUAUGUGGAGACUUGUACUUUUUAGCUGCCUCCUACACCACUGGCAAUUUAUUCAUCAGAAACAAUUUCAGCAAUAUGGUUGUAGGUGCAGAAAUAAUGUAUUUGUGUGGGUAUUACUUUGUGCGUCAGUGUCGCUGUCAAAAUAAAUACUAGUGUUUAGCAA